CUGAGUGAAAUUUCCACUACUGUAACUCGCCGAGUCUUCCAUCUUCUGAAUUCUCGCCAACCGAAAUCAUGGCUGCCAAUUUCUGGACCUCAUCUCACUGCAAGCGGCUUCUGGAUCCUGAAGAGGUGGAUGUUGUGCAGCAGCUUGAUAAGGACAGAGGCAUCACUCUCGAGGACUGCAAGCUCAUCAAGCUCCAUAUGUCCAACUAUAUUGCAAGAUUGGCUCAAAAUGUCAAAGUAAGGCAAAGGGUUGUAGCUACUGCCAUUUCCUACAUGAGACGAGUUUAUGUCAGAAAAAGUAUGACAGAAUACGAUCCUCGUCUGGUUGCUCCAGCCUGCUUAUACUUGGCAUCAAAAGCAGAAGAGAGCACAGUGCAGGCUAGACACCUUGUAUUUUAUAUCAAGAAAUUAUAUUCAGAUGAUAAGUAUAGAUAUGAAAUAAAGGACAUUCUAGAAAUGGAAAUGAAAGUUUUGGAAGCCCUGAACUAUUACUUGGUUGUAUUCCACCCAUACCGGUCUCUAUCACAGUUGCUUCAGGAUGCUGGCAUGAGUGAUACAACGCAACUGACUUGGGGAAUUGUGAAUGAUACAUAUAAGAUGGAUCUAAUUCUAAUACAUCCACCGCACUUGAUAGCAUUAGCAUGCAUAUACAUAGCAAGUGUGUUGAAAGAGAAGGAAACUACUUCCUGGUUUGAGGAGCUUCGGGCUGACAUGAAUGUGGUAAAAAACAUAGCAAUGGAAAUAUUAGAUUUUUAUGACAGCCACAAGAUGAUCACGGAAGAAAGAGUAAAUGCUGCAAUGAGCAAGCUGGCUGGAAAGUAACAUGCCCCAUCACCAGCAAAUCACUGGCGAUGUCGAGUGGCUGAUAACACGGUACGCGACAGAGAACAAUAUAUUCAGUUGAGGAAUAAGAUGCUGAACCCGUACUUCCUGCUAGUCAAACGAGGACAAGAAGGGAGAUGACCCCUCUCCGCCCACGAGAUAAUGAGCUGAAAUAUAGUAGGUAAAUUCAUCUAGUAAGAUGUACAGGAUUUGUCUGGAAAUUAGAGAUGCAGUAAUGUAUUGUUCAUAAUUGUAAUGUGUGAGAAUCUGGAGGGGAAAAAAAGGACAUUUUGAUAAAUUGGAUGGUCCCUGCACCAACAUGAAAAAAGAUUCCAUUUCAGGCUUUGCUGUCUAGCCAAAGCAGGCUGGAUGUUGUAUGAUGAUCGAAAUUCUGUAAACUUGAAUUUCAAUUCUGUGUUUUUCCUUUGUUCC